AUUGUAUUCAUAAUUUCAUAUAUAUAUUCUGUACGUAUGGAAAAUUUCAUUUUGCAAGGAAGUCCUGAUUUCAUGUCGUAUUCUUGGGAUAGGCAGGUUCAGGAAGUGUGCAACAGCAAGAGGAGGAGACCGAAAGCUUCAUUUGCUUAAUUCUCCUUCUUCGCUACGGCUUGGAUGUUAUGGUAUGCAUGCAUAUCCUGUACCUUGACGGACUGUUUGCUUUUCUGCCUUUUUUUUUGGAAUUGCAACACAGGUGGUGGCUAUUUGGCUGGGGGAAGAAUUCCCAGGGAGACGCAGUGGCUCACUUGCUGGUUGUUUGUUUACUUCAACGCAUUUUUCCCGCCCGGCACUUCUUUUCUUUUGCUCUCUUCCCUUUUGUUUUUUUACCCUUUUCCCCUUGCGGUUGAGCGUACUGGAACCUUGAGGGUGUCUGGAUGUCGUGCAUGGGAUGAAUGGAUACAGGGACGGGGUGUGUGUAUUUUACCGUACCGGCAGGCGAGAACCUAAGCUUUCUGUCUGAUUCACGAGCUUUUUUUUUGCAUCCGUACGUACAUACCUACGUACACAUGUGCGCGUGCACGUUACCUUUGAAAAUAUGUUCGAUCGUGUGCACAUACACAGUACGAUGACGGACCGACUUC